UGUUUCACCGGAAGUAGCUAAUAAAUGUAAACACUAAACUUUAAACAUUGAAUUAUAACAAUUUAAACUCUGUAUUUGUUUCGAAUAAAGAAUCAAAUUUUGACCCAAUCAGUAUAAUCAAGUGUUUAUAGCAGUGUAUGUAAGUUGUACAUAACUUCAAUAACCAUCGUAAUCAUUUCGAAAAAGCCUUGCACACACCAACCGUAUGCAGUUUGAAGUGGGUGGGGUAAUAUCGUUAUAGAAUUAUUAAGUAAAAUAAAGGAAGUUCAGGAACAUUUCACAAUACAGACAAUGUUGGAAUCAAGCCAUUUCCCUAAGCUUCAAAGUGCCACCUUUGAGCCCCUCACUGGGGACGGUGAGGUCGAGGUGAACUACCGCAGUGGGGCCAGCUUCAAGGGCCAGGUCCAGGGCCAUAAAAAAAAGGGGCGAGGUAUCUUUACUUGGCCAAAUGGGGACAGAUAUGAGGGCGGUUUCCUGGACAACAACAGGGAGGGAGCUGGUUUACAAAUAUGGGCUGAUGGUAGCCAGUAUGAAGGGAUGUUUCAUGAUGACCUACGCCACGGAGAAGGCUGCCAUAGAUGGGCCAAUGAUGAGGCUUCAACCAAGAGCACUAGCUGGACAGUUUAUAAGGGCAUGUUCUUUCAAGACCGUCGGCAUGGUGAUGGAACCUACAGGUGGCCCGACGGUUCUUCGUUCACUGGACGCUUCUACAUGGACAGGAAAGAGGGAUACGGGAAGUUCCUGUUUGUCAACGGAAACACUUUUGAGGGCCUUUAUAAAGAAGACGAAAGAGAGGGCCCCGGGGUGUUGACCUACAUUGACGGGACACAGGAUGUUGGUCUGUGGCAGGGGGAAAAACUCAUCAAGGUAUGCUCGCCUAUAGAAGGAGCCUUUGCCAUGUGUGACCACAAUGAGUUUGAUUACAAUCCGGAGGAGCAUGUAAAAUAUCUGGAGGAGGACACCUCGAGCGCCGGGAAGGAAUUUGAAAAUACUCUCAAAGAGCCAGAGGUUCUCUAUAAACCUGAAGCCAGAGUUACUGAACGAGUAAGUCAGAUGUUCAACAUAGCGCUUGACCCAAGGAGUCUGGCAGUAAACAAACAGGCUUUUGAUAAGGAGUUUUACAAUCAAGGGGAAUGUGUGAAUGAAAAAGAAAAGAUGUGGAACAGCACGCCGUCCAUUAUUGCCUUGCAGAGGCAUGUGCGGAAACAUGCCUACGGGAAGAAAAGUUUAUCGUAUGAUGUUGAUGACGUGAUUAAGGGCAACAGGAAGACAUUUAAGGAGAAAGGACCAUUGGAGUUGGCCUCUGAAGAGCUGAUUGUAGCUGCAACAGAGGGAAAUGUUAACAAGGUCCAGGAUUUACUGGCCUCAGGAAAGGUGUCCCCAGAUGUCGCCGAUAGAAAUGGUCAUACACCCUUAAUUGGAGCUACAGUCAACUGGAACAUUGAUGUGAUCAACUGCCUACUUAACCAUGGGGCCGAUGUAAACAAGCUGUCUGACGAAGGUUGCUCAGCGCUGUCUGCAGGCUGCAUAUUCUUUUACCCCAGUGAGAGCUUCAGGUAUAAUAUAGCUGAAAGAUACUUAGUGGAACCCAAAGAAAAUCCGAUGAAGUCAAAGGAAGAAAAUUUAAAACCAGGACAGGCUCAAAACCAACAACAACAUCAAACUAGUCACACAACAUCAACACCUAAGAGUAUUCUAUCUAAAAAGCCUAAUACGAACAAAAAGAGGGACAGUUCUUUAAAAAACGACAGCAUCAUGAGUAAUGAAUCAGAGAAACAAAUGAAAAACAUGCAAAACGCUAAACAGCAGGUGAGAAUAGAUGAAAAUACUAACAACAACCAGGGUACGCCAGUGACGAAUGUCGAUGGAAAGGGGGACCAGGGUACGCCAGUGACGAAUGUCGAUGGAAAAGGGGACCACGUGGACUUCGAUUCAAAUCUGAGUUUGAAAUAUUUCCCGAUUGAGGUUUCAGACCAGCUUAUUGAGCGAUGUGCGACACAGUUGAGCAUGAAUGAGAAAGUGGUGGCAGGAAAGAGAGGCCAUAAUAGCGCUGACCUGGGCACUGUCAGGCAUUUAGCCGUGAUUAAAAACGAACGCGGGAGGAUGAAGGAUACUCUGGAGCUGUUACUGAAGAGGGGAGCCGACCCCAACGCGUCCGGGGUGCCGAUGCCCGUGCUGUUCUUUGCCAUCAAGGCAGCGGAUGUUGAGAUGGUGCAAGCCCUUCUCGCCAAGAACGCUGCCACGGGGAUAAGACUGCCCAGAGAGAAGGGAGGCCUGGCCCCGCUACAUAUUGCUGCUGCCAUCCCUGGGGAGGAAGGGGUCCUCAUUACAGAGCUCCUGCUGGGAGCUGGGGCCGACCCCAAUGUGAGAGCGGAGCCAGACGAUGCCUUCCUAGACACGUCAUUGAUGGAUGAAUGGUCCAGGGACCUGAUACAACCGGACAGUCAGGAGCUGCUGGGAGGUCGCACUCCACUACAAAUAGCGUGUGCACGGGAUGACAACUACAAGCAUGUGACCCAGAUUGUGAAUCUAUUACUGCGGCAUGGAGCCAACUCCAAUCUUACUUGCAAUGGUUUCUCUCCCCUUGCAUUGUGUAUUGCAAGUGGAAAUGACUUGUGUAUUGAUGAGCUGCUGGUGUUUGGCAAUGAUGUCAGUCUUCCAUUGACCCACGGUGUGGGGAGCGCACUCUGUGCUGCCACCAACAUAGCCUACGAGCACAGGCGGCCCAUGAGCGCUCGCAUCAGUUUGAUUGACAAGCUAGUGAUGGCUGGAGCCAAUGUGCUGGCUCCCAUUGCUAUCGGACCCAAGAGGAACAUUGGAACAGUCGUGGACUAUGCCUACUACAUGUUCCACCAGGACAGUCACAUUGCAAAGACGCCAUACCACGCGUUAACUCAUGCGGAGAGGGAGACGUUCAUCAACCGCAAAAAGCUUCUAGAACACAUUGGUGACAUUAUGCGGACGAAAGCGGUGGAGCGCGAGAAAAGAAGACUGGAGGAUGAGCACCUGGAUGGUGUACGAAGUGUAAGCCCAAGCAGUGGGUUUGUCUACAUAGGGGCAGGGGCCCAGUUGCCCCCGGAUGCAAAGAAGCCCAAAUUUCUACGCACGCAGGCUGGGCUGGCGGCUGGGGACAAUCACAUGGUGAAGUUUGAGGGGCCACACUUGGGGUCCACACCUACGGAUGAGGAAGGGGAGGGGUUUAAGGGGCCCAGACAUUCCAAGAAGAAACGGGUAACAUUCAGGAAGCCGCUGUUUAAAUACUGCUACCAGUGCGGUCGCUCUGUGUUUGUUCGUCUGGCUGCAUGUACAAGAUGCAAGGAGGUGUAUUACUGUAGCAAGGUGUGCAAGCUGAAGGCAUGGAACCUCAGACAUAAAGAGGAGUGCAUUCGCAUAGGGGGUCGAUCACGUAGCUCCAGCCCCAAACAAAGAGGGGACAGCCCCACACCGGCCACCAACCCAGACAAAGGCAAGAAAACGACAGUGGCCGAACUGAACAAGGGGAAGAGAAUCAAUGUGGCAAAUAAGGGUUCGAGUAAAGACAACAAAAUAGAGGAUGGCAAAUAUAUUGACAACUAUAGCUUUGUAUGAUGUCCUCUGUCUCUUAUCAGACUAGUGUUAAAUGACAUGCCUUACUUCAGGUGUUUAGUUGUGUUUAUCAAAUUUAUGUGUGCAUUUCUAUAAUAAUUGAUUGUACACAUACAUGUAUAUUAUGCACUUGCUUUUAUUGCAAUGCACCCUUAUAUUAUUCAACAUAUUUCAUAUUUAAAAAAUAAUGAAAACAAAUUAAAACUUAAAACAAAUUUAUACAUUUAUGACUUCCAUAUUUUGUAUUAUUUAUUGGUACUGUAUUAUUAUAUUAUUAUUUUUUUACACUUGGGUAAUACAGAUAGUGAUGUUAUUAUUAUUGUAUGAUGGGUAAAAAGGCCGAUAUAAAAAGAAUGCUGUAUUUCUAUGAUGGUUUGUAAUCAACAUGCAAGUGUAGGAAACAUGUGUUAACAAUCAUCUGCCAAAUCAGAGAAUGAGGACAAUGAUUAAAUCUUGUAUUAUUCAUGUAUAAAUUGUAUCUAUAUUUUUGUUUUUCAAAUGAAAGCAUAAUUAUAGUUCCUAUUAUAUAAUUAUUUAUUUACAAAUAUUUAAUUUUACAAAGAGUAUUAACUUAUUGUUUUAUGACAAUUUACACACAUUAGUUACAUUGUCAAGCUUGUGUAGAGCCCAAUAAAUGUUUGAUAUACUAGUUUAUAUGUAAUAUAAUCUGAUAAAACAAAUAUGCACAUUUAAUGUGGAAUAUAUAAUUUAUAUACUUAUUAAAUAUUGUUGUUUUACACAUGACAUUUUACCUUUAUUGUUUAAAUUUUGUCCCCAAAUAAGGAUGCAAAUUUGGGAAAAAAUAACUUACUGAAGUAAGAUAUAAAAAAAUAUCCAAUUGAAACAUAAAAAGCAAAGAAAAUGUUCUGAUUUUCAUAUAAGAAAAAAAAUGUAUUAAACAAAAUCACAUUAAAUAAAUUUGCAGCAGAUGCUUAGAAAUUUCUCACCAUUGAGUCCAGUCUGUCUUUUAAGCGAUUUUGUUACAUUUACUAUAUAUGUGUACAUUACAUUUAUUAAAAACUUAAACUUGUUGAGUUUAUCAUAAUGAGAAGCCUUUAUAUAAUCUUGCAUUUAGCUUAGAGAAAUAUAUUUUCACAAUUACCUAUAUUAUUAUUUAAUGUGAUUUUCAAUUGUGCAUUCUGUUGUAUUCAAAUUGUUCUCCUGCUUUAUCAUUAUGAAGGAUACAACAUCUUGCUUUUGUAAAAAAAUGAUCAUGUAUAUAAUCUUUUCAACUUUAAAAAAUUCAAAAAAAAUGUUACAAGUGACACUUAGAAAAUUGUUAGUAAUGGAAAUAUGGACAGCAUUUUAAAUCUUAGGACAAGAGCACCGCAUAACGGGUGCCACGCUCGGCUGCAAAAGCUUGUUAGAAUUUUUUUUUUUUUUAGAGGUCACAGUGACCUUGACCUUUGACCUAGUGACCCAAAAUGGGCGUGGCGUGGAGAACUCAUCAAGGUGCAUCUACAUACGAAGUUUCAAAGUUGUAGGUGGAAGCACUUUGAUUUUAGAGCCAAUGUAAAGGUUUUAUCACGACGCCGUCAGACGGCGUAUGAUGAGCAGGCUAUGUUAAUACCUCAGGUUUUCUCCGAAAACAGCCUCGCUAAAAACUAAGAUUUUGUUUUGUUUGAGAUGCAUUUUAUCAGGGUUAAACUGUUGAAUUACGAAGGGUAUUCCUGCAUGUCUAUCUGUUAUUGUUGUUGAUAUCAUAUAUUUGAAUUAAUCUUAUGCAUCCAAUAAAUUGUGUUACUUAUUAUGGUAAUUUCAAACUGUAGCACACAUAAAAUAGCAAACAACUGAGCCAUUCUUCGAAAAUAACAAAUACAACCUUGCAAUGACCAAAAAGCAUUUUAGAAUUACAUUAUUAAAUGGUAUAUGAAAUACAGAAAUCUUUCUACACUUUUUUCUCAUUUCACAAAUAUAAAAAUUAAGAAUUAUAUUUCCUCUAUCAUCACUUACCCGACUAAUACGUGUUUCUACAUGGCUCAUUAUAUAUGAGCUACACUAUUGGAAAACUGGGCUUAAUGUAUGUGAAUAAAAUGUAGUUACAGAUUACCCUGUGCAGUCUGCACAGGCUUAAGGGAAAUUCUUUCUUCAUAAAUGGAAUUGUUUUUACCCUGUCUGUUGUUUUUUUUGUUUGUGUGUUUGUUUGUUUGUUUGCCCCAACUUUAACAUUUGCAAUAACUUUUGCAAUAUUGAAGAUAGCAACUUGAUAUCUGGCAUGCAUGUGUAUCUCAUAGAGCUGCACAUUUUGAGUGAUGAAAGGUCAAGAUCAUCCUUAAAGGUCAAAGGUCAAAUAUAUAGCUUCAAAGCUGCGCAAAGGGGAACUUAGUGUUUCUGACAAACACAUAUCUUGUUUGUUUUAAGGCAGUUUCUUCUAAAAGAUAAUCCAGGCUAGGCGGUAAGAAUUGUCCCUGAUUAGUAUGUGUGGGCUGCGCAGGCUAAUCUGGUACUAUACUUAACACACAUGCAUUAAGCCCAGUUUUCCCAGAGUAGGGCUCCUAUAACAGUUUAUAAUGUCCAGUGUAUAUGGAUCUCCUGAAUACAAAGAACGAGAAAUGGCUGUCCAAUAUUUAAUGACACCUUCUUUUUAAUAUGUUUCGGUAUUUGUUUUGUUUUCACUAGUUAUUUCAAUGUACUGUUACUAUACUUAAAGCAUGAGCAUAAAUGUGCUAUGUAUUUUUAUUAUCUACUAUUGUUUUUUUUAUCAUAAAUAAUUGUUAUGUGAACCUGUGAUUGUUUGGUACUUUUUCUUUAUGAUGAAAUAUACUUUUUAUUUGUA